AUGGCAGCAAGUGAGCCGCUCGAGGAGCAGCCACCAGCGCCGCACGCGACCGUGCAGGGCCGCGUGACCGGCAUCAUCUACCCCCCGCUCGACAUCCGUGCCGUGGUGGACAAGACGGCGCAGUUUGUCGCGAAUAACGGGCGCGCGUUCGAGAGCCGCAUCGUUGGCGAGCGCAUGUCGACCAAGUUCUCGUUCCUGCGCGAGUCGGACCCGUACCACGCGUACUACGAGCACAAGGUGAGCGAGUUGAUUGCCAAGAAGAAAGAAGCGGUCGGAGAGCCGCAGCAGGAGGAGGUAGCAGCGCAUGCAGAGGAACAGACGCCGCGGGAUGUGAACGCGACGGUCCAAGAGGCACCGAACAACGUGCUGCAAGCCGCUUCAAGUGAAGUGGUUGUGGAGAAAAAGGCGGUGCAGAAUGUGGCCGCACAAGUGGCCAAGAAGAUCAACGAGACGGAGCUGGAGCCGCCACCGGAGGAGAAGUUUAUUAUCAAGCACCCGGCACUUAGUGCACUGGACCAGGAGAUCAUGUACCUCACGGCACAAUACACUGCACUGAGUGGCAGCUCGUUUCUAUCGGGGUUAGCGACGCGCGAGCAGCGGAACCCACAAUUUGACUUUCUCAAGCCGACGCAUCCAUUGUUUGCGUACUUUACCGCACUUGUGGAAAGUUAUACGCUGGUACUGGCCAAGCAGGAGGAGCAGAUAAAGCGGAUCGAAGAAGGCGUAGAGCGCAUGCAAGUGCUGGAUCGAUGCGUGCAUCGAAUGGAGUGGCAACGUACCGAGCGGGAGCGCAAAGACAAGGAGGCGGCAGAGAGCGAUGCAGAGCGCCGCGCUUUGGCACAGAUUGACUGGCACGACUUUGUGGUUGUGGAGACGAUCACUUUUGACGAUAAUGACAAUUUGGGCGCUUCUGCCGCUCGUGAUGAGGGAGAAGGCAAGGCAUCUGAUGACGAAGAUAUGGAUAUGGAAGAGGAGGAAGUCGACGAUGACGACGACGAGUCAAACCCAGAUAUAAAGGUGGUUGAAAACUAUAUCCCGCAAGCAACAGCAGCGACAGCGCAGCAACCAUUGUUAAGUGUCGAUGGUAAAACGCUUUCGUCUGCUGAAGCAAAUGAACACAUGCGCAUUUUGCUGAUGAACCCAAAGUGGCGCGAAGAAACCCAGCGCCAUUUGGAAAAGCAGAAAGAGAGCUCAUACGCGGUAGGCUCGGCGAUCGCAGACUCGCUGCGGCGGUUUGCUACAAAACGCGCGGACAUAUUUGCUUCUUCAGCUGAAGAAGAAGCACGGCUUUUACAAGCGACGACAGCGCCGACUGCUGCAGAGCAACAGCAACGACAGCAGCAGGAACAUCUUGAGGAGAUGGAUUCUGACAAAGAAGAAAAGUCUGACUCUGACUUCGGGACACCUGGAAACCAGCAAAUGCCUGAGCAUGCUGGGCGCACUGAACAAGAACUGGUGUCUGCGAGCGUUCCAAACCUGGAGCCGGGUGGCCACAUGGUACCGGCUUCUGUGACUGGGGCUCCAGGUAUGACUGCUCCAGCGACUGGCCACCCAGGGACAACCAUUCCUGUUGUAGGAAUUCCUGGCAUGAUGCCACCACCCGUGAUGGUACCGGGAACCCUGAGCGUUGGUCCUCCUCGAAUGAUGCCUCCUGGAAUGGGAGUGCCUGGCUUGGCGCCUUUGGGUUCUGCCCCCGGCAAUUUCAUCCCUCCACACAUGCGAGCGCCAAACGUAGGCCCACCAGGAGUGGUCCAUGGUCCACCUGGUGUCGGUGCUGGGCCCCCUGGCGUUUUAGCAGCAAGUGGACCCCCAGGCGAAGACCUUGAACCGGCCACAAAGAGGCAGCGUACAGGUGGAUCAUCGUUGCUGCCGGAAAAGGAGUUUGCUAGUCGGCAUCCGGGGAUUGUGCGAUUGAUUGUGAAAGUCCCGAACGACCCGGACAACGCUCACUGGAAGCUAGAGGGACAGACGCUAGCGAUAGAGUUGGAUGUGAAGGACAGUAUGCGAACACUCAAGGAAAAACUGACGACCGAGUUACAGGGUAUGCCGGUGAACAAGCAGCAGCUCAAGUUCUCGAUGGGAUUCGUCAAGGAUGCCCUUUCGUGUGCACACUACAAUUUUGUGAACGACACGGAGCUCGAGCUGAGUGUUCGCCAGCGCGGUGGCAGGCGAUAG